GUGGUUGGUCAAAUGACCACCUCAUUCACUCGCACAUACUCAACAACAACACAAUUGAGCGAAAAGCUGGUCUUGUUGGAACGUCAUAUGGUCAAUGGCACCUACUCUGGUGUUGCCUUUAUCAAACUCAACAAACCAGCGCAGUUCAAUGCACUCUCCUUUGAGAUGGGUGCCGACUUUAAGAAUGUCGUUGAUGAGCUAUCUGCCGACAAGCAACUCAAGUGUGUCAUCCUCACUGGACAGGGCAAUGCAUUCUCUGCCGGUGGUGAUCUGUCCUUCCUCAUGGAGCGAUCCAAAGACACACCUCAGAACAACGCAGAGAUCAUGGAGAGAUUCUAUCGCACCUUCCUCUACAUCCGCAAGAUUGAGGUACCAAUCAUCUCUGCCAUCAAUGGUCCUGCCAUUGGUGCUGGAAUGUGUCUCGCUAUGGCCACUGAUUUGAGACUUAUCAGUAGUAAGGCUCGUAUGGGUGUUACCUUUGUUGACCUUGGUAUCCAUCCAGGAAUGGCCGCUACUCACUUCAUGCCAAGAUUGUUGGGACACCAAGUAGCUUCCCGUUUGAUGCUAACUGGUGAUGUCAUCCAGGGUGAGGAAGCCAAGAGAUUGGGUGUUGUGUUGGAUGUAGUCGAGCCCGACAACUUGAUUCCAGCUUCACUGGAUCUUGCACUGCGCAUCGCCAAGAAGUCGAGUAUCGCAGUACAGAGCUGUCUAAAGACACUUCGUAAUCAACAGAAUGAGUGUUUGGACCAAUCUUUGACGAGAGAGGCAGGAGCCCAGGCAAUGUGCUAUGCAUCCACCGACAUUGUCGAGGGUGUCACUGCCAUUAAAGAAAAGAGACCUCCCAGG